GUCGUGUCUCGAGGCAGAUAUAAUAAGUAAAGAAAAUAAAAAGAAAACAGGGGAUGUCAAUCCGUAUUCAGCUUGUUGUCUAGCAGUUUGUUUGUUUCUCUGGGGAUGAGAUCGUGCGAGGACGGACGAAUUUUUAACAUCUGCAUGUCUUUGGUUCUUUCUUUUCCUUUUCUUCUCUUUUCUUUUUGAUUUUCAGAUAUGAGGGUCUUGGUUCGUAAAGGUCAGGAGGGAAUUCUUGGGGUUCUUGAUUUGUGCCUUUAAGUAGCUGUAAUGAUGGCUCAGAGAUCAAAUUUGAGGUUGGUCCAUUGCCCAAAAUGUGCAAAUCUGUUGCAAGAGCCCCAUGGCUGCUCUGUGUUCAAGUGUGGUGCUUGUGGUGCUGUUCUCAAAGCUAAGAAGAGAGAGCCUACUAGUGAUGCCGAGAAUUCGGUGAAGGCAAGCGAGAGCUUCGGUGAUGCCCGUGAGCACGAUAGGGAUAGGAAUGUGAAAUAUGAGAGGCUUUUGAGUUCUGGAGCCAGAGCUGAUGAUUCGAUAAGCAAUUCUGCAAUGGAAAAGAGAGAGGAAUCUGCACGCACUCGUCGAGAUAAUGUGAGGGAUGACAGCACCGGUUUAUGGCUUGAGAGGAGAAGAGCCAAAGAGGAAACUGGUUAUGCCUUCGAUUAUAAGCAAUACACAGAAGACCGGGUAAACAAACUUGUGGAAACAGGUUUUGGAGAAAACUCUCCUCGGUUUAAGCAGGUUUUGGACUUGGCGAACUCGCGGGCAGAGAGAGGAAGGCGGAGUUUCGCCGGAGACCAUCUAGAAGGGUUCUUAAGGGACUCGAGGAUCGUCACCGAGCACGAGAGGACUCGCCGGUAUUCGUUUCCCAAAGAGGGGCCUUCCGACUACUACAGGUCUCCCUCUCUUGGGUAUGGCGAGUUUUUAGGCAGUGGUCAUGAUGUAACUGACCGUGACAGAGUCAGAGAGUUAGAGCGUGAGCGGGUCAAGCUCCUCAGGAAGUUGGAUGAGUUGGGGAAUCAAAUCAAUCAAUCCAGUGACAUGGAGAAUGAACCUGAGGCUGGAGAAGCAGUUCCUCGUCAUAAAAGAAUAGCUUCUGUUGAUCCUUACUAUGCUCGUGCUGGCAAUGACAUUCUGGAUGAACCGCUCGUCCGCAAGGGUUCCAUUAGAAAGCCUCCUGAUGCGAGACCAGGCCGUGAUUCCGUUCGUUCUAUGGAGAGCUACGAGAUGGAAAUGUCGAACCCAUAUUUUUCUCCUCGGGAUGGCCAAUUAAAUCUUCUCCAGAACCCACAAUGCUCGUUUUGGCCCGAAACCAUGAGGCCUUUCCGUCAAUAUGCACACGAGCCACCUCAUGGACACCACGCGGAAGGGUUCCUGGGUUUUGACAGAGAUCCUCUGGUCAUGUAUCCGAACCAAUCCCCUCAUCACCACCCUUCGUGCGCUUGUUCGAGUUGCCAUUACAAGUACAAGCGAGUUCCUCCUCCACAAUUCUUACCUAAUGCCUCUAGCUCAUCGAAGACUUUCAAAGGUCCACUUGACUCCAAUCUCUACCGUCGAGUCAAUUCUGUCAAAAUCAGGCCACAACAUACUAGACAGUUGGGUGAUAGUACCUCUUCAUCCAAUUCUAAAUAUCUGCAUCCGCUUCAAAUGUGGCUAGAAGAUGCUGAUUUAGACAUUGAAAGUUUUGUUCAGUCUCAACCAAAGAGGUCGAUGGUCUCUCACCGGAAAAAGAAGCAUUGCCAUCCCAUUGCGGGCGCUGUACCUUUUAUAACGUGCUUAAACUGCUUGGAGUUGCUGAAGUUGCCUAAGGAACUGGUCAUCAAGGAGAAAAGUGACAAGCAAAAACUUAGAUGCGGUGGGUGUUCGGUUAUAAUCUUGUUUGAGAUCGAAAAUAAGAAGCUUGUCACUUCUAUGAAGGAGGGAUCUUCUGGUGGGGCUGCAAAAAACGGUGGCGUCCACAUUCAAAUUUCUUCCUCUUGCUCCAACUCUGGUGGCCUAAACUCUAACGCUCAUCUGAGUGCCACGAGAACUUCCUCUGAUUCUUAUGAUGGAUCUUCUAAGUGGAAAAUAACGGGAGACAAUUCACUUUUGGAACUGCAGCCACAGAAUGCUAGCGACUCUGGGAAGAUGCAGGGCCUACAUUCUUCGGCUUCUUCUUCGCCAUCUGUUCGUUCAGAGGUAGAAGGGAGUCUGGACAGUGUGAUUGCUCAGCGCAAUGCGCGAUCAGAAUAUAACACAUCUCCAAAACCACAAAAUUCACAUGUUCCAGAACAUUUUGACAAUCCAUCGACUAACAGAAAUGAGAAUAGCAGGAUGAACCAAGAGGGGGUUUCUCUAGAGAAGAAUGACACUUGCCAAAGUACUAGAGAGGAUGCUUCCGCAACGACAGAAGUUGAAGUUCCUCUGAAUGAGUAUCCGCAUACAGGACUAUCCCUCUUGAAAGUGCAGCCACAGAAUGCUAGCGACUCCUGGAAGAUGCAGGGCCUACAUUCUCCAGCUUCUUCUUCGCCAUCUCUUCGUUCAGAGGAAGAAGAGAGUCCGGACAGUGUGAUUGUCCAGUGCAAUACGCGAUCAGAAUAUAACACAUCUCCAAAACCACAAAAUUCACAUGUUCCAGAACAUUUUGACUAUCCAUCGACUGAUGGAAAUGAGAAUAGCAGGAUGAACCAGGAGGGGGAUCCUCUAGAGAAGAAUGACACUCGCCAAAGUACUAGAGAGGAUGCUUCCGCAAUGACAGAAGCUGAAGUUCCUCUGAAUGAGUAUCCGUAUACAGGACUAUCCUUCUUGGAAGUGCAGCCACAGAAUGCUAGCGACUCUGGAAAGAUGCAGGGCCUCCAUUCUCCAGUUUCUUCUUCACCAUCAUUUCGUUCAGAGGAAGAAGAGAAUGCAGACAGUGUGAUUGCUCAUAGCAAUGUCUCAACUCAAUCUGAAAAUAACACUUCUCCAAAACUGCAAAAUUCACAUGUUCCAAACCAUUUUGAUAAUUCAUCGUCUUACGAAAAUGAGAAAAGCAAGAUCAACCAAGAGGGCGUUUCUCUAGAGAAGAACGAUGCUUGCCAAAGUACUAGCGAUGAUGCUUCUGCAACGGCAGAAGUUGAAGUUCCUCUUAAUGAGUAUCCCCAUGCAGGAUUAUCCCAAGACUCUAAAGAUACCAGCAAAGAAGCCAAAGAGAAGGGGAAGAAGAGAAGUAAAUCUUAUCUUGGAGGCCUUAUAAAGAGCUAUGGAGAGUUCCGAAACCUGGAAAAUGAAAAGCCUAAAGUAACAGUGAACGGGCAUCUGAUACCGGACGACAUCGUUAAAAGGGCCGAAAAGCUUGCCGGUCCUGUUCUCCCUGGAGAUUACUGGUACGAUUUCCAAGCUGGGUUUUGGGGCGUCAUGAACCAUCCUUGCCUCGGCAUAAUUCCACCAUUUAUUGAAGAGUUCAAACAUCCGAUGCCGUCAAAUUGUGCGGCUGGGAACACGGGCAUCUUCAUGAACGGGAGAGAGCUAAAUCAGAGAGAUCUCGAUUUACUUACUAGCAGAGGACUACCGAGAACAAGAAACAGGUUUUAUGCUAUUGACAUCUCUGGGAUAGUCCAGGAUGAGAAAACUGGCGAAGUGCUAUACAACCUCGGAAAACUUGCCCCAACGGUUGAGAGAGUGCAGCAUGGAUUCGGCAUGCGAGUUCCAGAAGAAGCGUGAACGGUUUAAAAAAUUGUCCGUCGUCCCGUGUGUUUUUGUGCAGCUGCCAUGGUCGAGGUUAUUCUGUUGAACUUGUUUUGCCUCUUGCUUAGUGAAGUUUGUGGGGUUAGAGUCGCGAACCCAAUAGCUUGCGUCCCAAGUUGCGACCCCAACCCCCGGUUACCGGGGCCAUGUGCCGCGAGAGUUGAGCUUCUUGAGACGAUGACGACGACUUUUGACCACAGUACUUCACUUUCAUUUUGUGGUCGUAACGUCCGAAGCCGCCUUCAUUUCCUACGGUUGAUGCAAAGCAACAUAUGUUGAUUGUAAAAUCUACUUCCACGAUAUAUAUCCUUGUUCUUUUUUCCUGGUCAUCAAGAUUGAUUUCCCUGUGUUAUGACACAAAAAUUUGUGUUUUUCCUCUCCCAAAUUCGACGCGAUUCGAAGCA